UUAAAGGCGUGUCUCCGCGCUCGAAUAAAAAGUGUCCUUAGAAGGAAACUUUAUGAAAUACGCAAGUUUUGACGUGUCAAAAAAGGCAGAAUGACAGAUUUGCACGACAUUUCUUAACACGUGAACACACAUUCUCCGAGCGAGUCGUCAAACAUUUCCUCCAGAAACCAGCGGAGGAAGAGCGGCGUGCGCGCACUGCCGUGGCCGCCCGGCAGGCUCGCGCAGGCGGCUCGCGGAGGAAGAAGACAUGGAGAUGUUACGCCGCUCGUCCGUGUUCGCCGCCGAGGUGUUUGACCGCUCGCCCACCGACAAGGAGCUGGUGUCCCAGGCCAAGGCGCUGUGCCGGGACUACAUCCAAUCCAGGCUGAGCCGCGCCGGCGUCGGCUGGUCCAAGCCCGAGCAGCUCGCCUCUUCGUGGGGGACGCACGGCGACGUAUCGGCGGUGCUCUUGUGGUUGGGCGACGAACUGGAGUAUUUGCGUCCCAGCGUUUAUCGCAACGUGGCUCGGCAGCUCAACAUCACGGUGGCCUCGGAGAGCGCGGUGACGGACGCCUUCUUGGCCGUGGCGGCCGACAUCUUCUCCACGGGUGUGACAUGGGGUAAGGUGGUAUCUUUGUACGCGGUGGCCGGUUCUCUUGCUGUGGACUGCGUUCGCCACGGCCACCCUGCCAUAGUCCAUACCAUCGUGGACUGCAUGGGGGAGUUUGUCCGCAAAAGCCUGUCCACGUGGUUGAAACGCAGAGGAGGAUGGGCGGACCUGACUAAAUGUGUGGUGAGCACAGAGGUUGGUUUGCAUUCCCACUGGUUGGUGUUGUCGCUGCGCACCUUUGGACACUACGUCAAGGCCGUGGUGCUCUACCUCCUCAGAGACAAGUGACGGACCCCCGGUUCAUGAGGACACCCCCAAUCCCCCAAACACACACACACACUCACAAUCAGGGGCGUGCAAAGGCCUAUUGAGGGGUAAGGUGCUCAAAGUUAAAAGGGUGACACAUAGCACAAGAGUUUGAAGCGCCUUACAGAAACAUACUUUACAAUACAACUUGCACUUGCACGAUGUACUUUGCGUAUAGCUGAUGAGAACAGAAUAAGAAAAGACACUUGCCUUACAGGUGAGCUAUUCAGUUUUUCCAAGUGCUUACAAGAUUUGAGUCUAGCCUCAUUUCAGUCCCCGCCCCCCGCCACCUCACGUGCCUGCACAAAGAAACGCCCCCAGCUCACGCAGCGGACAGUGGCUCGUCGCGCUCGGCCGGGCGCCUCAGAGUGCUCCUCAGUAGGCCAGGCGUGUUACGUGAAAUGUUGCCGGUUUGAUGUUGGAUUUUUUGGGUUAAACAUUUAAGAGAGGUGAUCAACUUACCAGACGACUUGGUGAGAGUGGUGACAUGAUGUACGCAAUGGUUUUUGAAGCUCAUGCAGUCAUGCAGCCGUCUGCAUAUAGAACACCACCUAACGUUAUAAAUGUUUACCCUUGAUUCCAAGUACAGAGCUGUCCAAUUCCUUCAUUUUAACUUUUGUUGCUAGCCGGAGUUAAAUAAUCCGGUAGUCUCCUUUUGCACAAGGCUGCUGUGUCUUCCCGCAAGGUUUGUGAGCAUGAAGUGUCCGUGAGCAAAAUGAUUGACAUCUCCUUGGUCAAUGUACAUGUCAUAUGAGUAAUACAUAUGCCACUUAUUAAUGACGACCACCUUGUGCUAUAGAAAUAAUACAAAACCACUGGGAAUAAUCCAACAUGGCUGAGUGUGGGUAUCCUACUGCCUUCAGUUGUGUUAAUUCUCAUUUGUCACACCCUUCCUGCACCUUGUUUAUUUACUGUAUAUUAAUUACUAUGGCACAUAUUUAGUUACAAAGUGCGCAUUCUUCUUAGUAUUUUUUUUCAACGCAGCUUUCCACAAAACUGCCUAUUUUGCUCGUAUUUAAACCGUUUGAUAAGAUCAAAAACAAGGAUGUGGUCUUCCUUUCCUGUGCUGGAAUUGUAGAUUUUAUCUAUAGAUGAGCACUUUUCACUUUAUUGUGGCUAUGUUUUAUUGCAUACAUUCAGAAUGUAGCGUGUCUUUAUAGUCUGUCACAUAAGUCGUUAAUAAAUCUUUAAUUCCUGACA